CAUCUAUUUAUCUAUCGUUCUUUGAGUGAUUGGGAAGUGUAUAAGUGUGAUUUUUGUAUUAAAAGAAGAAUAAACGACAAUUAAAUUAUCUUUAAAAAAGAGUGUAUAGGUGUAAAAUUAUCAAAAAUUAAUGGUAGAAUGUAAAGUGAAAGGCUUACUAAAAGUAUUAAAAAUCGUGAAUAUUUUUUCAGAACUUGUGUGCUUUCGAUUUAGUAAAUGUGUAACUCGUUCCUUUUUAUCUACAUAUGUAUGUAAAAGAUUGUGUCGUAUACACAUAUUAAUUUUUGUGUUAUUGAAAAAAUGCAGAGGAAUGCAAUUUAGGACACGCCAACUUAGCUUAUUUAUUUAAAAAGCUGCGAGCGAUCGUAAGCUAAAAAAGUUGAAUUUGAUUUUAAAUCUAUUAUGAAUAGCGAGUGUCUAAAGUAAUUAACCAACAACAAACCACUACUAAUUAGAAAAGUGUAAAGAGAAUCUAAAGUUAAACAAAAAAAUAUUAAUUUGUUAAAAUAUUAAAGUGUGUUCUAUGUGCAGUUUGUUUCAAAGGAAUAAUUGAGAGGUAAAUUGGAUUAUUGAAAUCCCUCUUUAUAAACAUUGACAACUUAGUGAUUUUUGCAGCCUGAUUAAUUGCAAAAUUUCGAUUUUGCUUGCGUCGACAACACGAAUCUGAAAGAACCGCAGCUGCUUUGUAAAUCUUUGAUAAAGGAUUUUAAUUCUCUAUAUUAUGUAAUGGGUUUAAAAGAAUAAUUAAAAAUUGUAAAUGCUUAGUUGGAUUACUGUUGCCAACGAGUAGCUGUAGUUUCUGAUCACAGUUUCGCACAUACCCAUGGUGUCUUGUAACAAUGCCUUCAGGGAAUACCGAAGAGUUGCGGCGAAAGUUUACUGUUGUACAGCAACAGCGCUCAACCCCGCCAACAUUGCCGGUGCCAAAUAUCGCUUUAACGCCCCACAGAAUUACAUCAUACGAUCCUCUAGAUGCUACCAUCACAACAUCAAUGAUGAUCCAUGGAACGCAAACAAUUCCGUUGCAAGAACCCGAACGUACUUAUGUCUUUCCCGGAACUGUAAAUAUUGGCGGUGGGCUUGGGGGAGGCGUUAUCGGUAGUAUGGCGACAGGAAUACCUGGCGUGGCUGUGGUAUCUGCACCCUCCCAUAGUCUCAGCGUUGGUACGGCUAGUCGCGGCCAUAUACGAUCAGUGAGCCAUGGUGGUGGUACCAUUUUAGGACCGAGUGGUAGGCCAAUAAAAUCAGCUAUGAAAGGUCAUCAACGAGCUUUUUCGCAAGGUCAAAUUACUGAUUCACCGGGUACGACUGGUGCCUCACGUGGUCAUAGUCGCGUAGGUUCGAAAACUGAUUUUAUUCUGCCACCUGGUCACAAGGAGGAAACAGAAAAUCGGGAAUUUGGACCAUCUGUUACAUCGUCAGCAGGUGGACGUGGCCAUUCACGACAAGCAUCACGCUCCGAAUCAAUAUACACACUUCGGCGUUCCGAAACGCCGCCAUGGUGGAAACGUAUCUUAGUAUGUCAUAGUGAGAAAUUUGAUGAGCGAAGUUAUCGAAUAGUUAUACCAAAUCAUACAGUUCCACCAAAAACCCCAAAACGCGAUCAUCCUAAUGGCGAUUUCGUCGGAAAUAAGAUCCGCACCACAAAGUACACCCUGCUUUCGUUCAUACCGAAAAAUCUACUCGAGCAAUUCCAUCGUGUGGCGAAUUUAUAUUUUAUUUUUAUCGUACUACUAAAUUGGUUUCCAGCUAUAAAUGCCUUCGGUAAAGAAGUUGCCAUGAUUCCAGUUUUGUUUGUGCUUGGUGUUACAGCGGUUAAAGAUUUGUUUGAAGAUAGACGUCGUCGUUCUUCCGACAAACGAAUAAACAAUACGACAUGUCGAGUUUAUGACGGUGAAACGGAACGGUAUAAGAAGAUAAAAUGGCAAGAUGUUCGCGUUGGGGACCUGGUUCACUUAUCAAAUAACGAAACGGUACCAGCAGACAUAUUACUUUUAAGAACUAGCGAUUUACAUGGCGCCUGUUAUAUUGACACUUGCGAUUUAGAUGGUGAAACAAAUCUUAAACGCAGAGAAGUAGUGCGCGGUUUCACUGAUAAACAGAAUAUGUUCACUCCCAGUAAAUUCGUGAGCCGCAUUGAAGCUGAUGCGCCGACCACAAAGCUUUACAGAUUCCAUGGAGCCUUAAUACACCCGACAGGAGAGCGUAUACCGAUUGCAACCGAAAAUUUGCUGCUAAGGGAGAGUCGCUUGAAAAACACUGACUUCAUUGAGGGAAUCGUGGUAUAUGCAGGCCACGAAACUAAAUCAAUGCUUAACAACAGUGGACCGCGCUAUAAGCGUUCACAAGUCGAGCAACAGAUGAAUAUUGAUGUGAUAUGGUGUGUGAUAAUUUUACUGAUAUUAUGUAUUGUGGGCGCAUGUGGCUGCAAAAUGUGGUUAAGCUCUUUUGAGCAAUUUCCUGUACCAUAUCUACCUUUUGAUGUACAUCCGAGCUACGAAGGUCUUUUGACUUUUUGGACAUACAUUAUAAUAUUACAGGUGAUGAUUCCAUUGUCUUUGUAUGUUACAAUUGAAUUAUGCAAAAUUCUGCAAGUAUACCACAUUCACAACAACAUCGACUUGUACGACGAGGAUACAAAUAAGAAAACAGAAUGCCGUGCGAUGAAUAUUACCGAAGAGUUGGGGCAAAUACAGCAUAUAUUUUCAGAUAAAACCGGUACACUGACCGAAAAUAAAAUGCUAUUUCGACGAUGUGUUGUCAACGGCGUAGACUAUAAUCAUCCGCCUUCUGAGUUGGAACGAUUACACUCAAAGCCUGGAACACCAGCACCACCACUUAUAACUAAUUCCACAUUAUUAAAUGAUAUGCUAGAAGUAAUUAAUUCUGGUCAGUAUUUAUCAUCAAAUGCUCAAAGGCUGCAGGAGUUUCUUUUGGUGUUGGCGAUAUGCAAUACGGUGAUAGUAAGUGCCACACCACAUCACGAUUUGAUGAAUGCCAGCGGCAUAAUUGAGGUGCAAGGAGCAGCCAGCAGUGAUUCAGUAGUUCUAAAAAAUGUAAAAGACAAUCAUAUCCCUUUACAAAAUAUCACACAAACAGAUUCAUCUUUAACUAUAGCGAAUAAUAACUUAGCAUCUGCUAUACCAGCAGAUCGCUAUACUCGCUUAGCUGAAUCACGUUCCGUAACACCGUCGCCACCACCAAACCUUGCGUAUGUUUUACCUACGCAGACGCAUAUUCCAUCGUUAUCGCCAAUAAGCAGCUCUGAAGAGACUACGCCUACGUCUGAUUCACCUCCCAUGAAAUUGAAGUCAUUUUCCAAUAGCAUAUCACCGACAGGACGAGCGAAAGCAGUGAUAAAUUCCAAAAUAACGAGCAUUACCUCGUUCCUAAACGUAAAGGUUCAAGCAAAGAAAUUUUCAAAUAAGUUAAAUCAAACAAAAAUUCAACAAUCAUUUAAAACGGCCAAUGGUAGACCAUUGUAUGAAGCCGAGAGUCCGGAUGAGCUUGCGCUUGUAAAUGCUGCCUACAGUUAUGACUGCUGUUUAGUCAACAGGAGUCCAAAUCAUAUACUAGUUAGCAUUCCUAAUUCUGGUAUGGUGGAGUAUGAGGUUCUAAAGAUUUUGCCAUUCGAUUCGAGCCGCAAGUGCAUGUCAAUUGUUGUGCGCCGUACCGGAACUCAGGAAAUAAUGCUUUACACAAAGGGGGCUGACAGCUCUAUUAUGCCUGUAUUAGUACCAUGCGCCCCCAAUACGCCUGAAGGUUUAAUGCGAGAAAAAACUCAACAACAGUUGGACCGUUAUGCUCGAGAUGGUCUGCGUAUAUUAGUUAUGGCAAAACGAAUAUUGAAUCCCGCUGAAUAUACGGAAUGGUGGGCACAUCAUCAAGAAAUUGAAAUGUCAUUGGAGAAUAGAGAACGACGUAUACGAGAUUCAUUUGCCAAGCUGGAGUGUAAUUUAACAUUACUAGGUGCUACAGGAAUUGAGGAUAGACUUCAAGAUGGCGUACCGGAGGCGUUAGCAGCACUGAUUUCGGCUGGUAUAUCAGUGUGGGUGUUGACUGGCGAUAAGCCAGAAACAGCAAUAAAUGUUGCAUAUUCUGCUAAACUUUUUACUCAACAAAUGGAGUUGUUGCGCCUAACGGCCCGUUCGCGCGAUGCGGCGGAAAGUGCAAUCAAUUUCUACUUGGCUGAUUUGGAUAACAGUAAAUCAUAUGAUACUCAUACUCGUCUGAAAACACGAGCUUUGGUUGUCGACGGCAAAACAUUGACUUUUAUUCUGGAUUUGCGUUCAAAACUCAUUAGACCAUUUCUGAAAUUGGCAAAGAGCUGUGCAUCUGUAUUGUGUUGUCGUUCGACACCGCUCCAGAAAGCAUAUUUGGUUAAGGUGGUAAAGGAAGAAUUGCGUCUCUGUACGUUGGCGAUUGGUGACGGUGCGAAUGACGUUUCAAUGAUACAGAUGGCAGAUGUUGGUGUCGGUAUUUCCGGUCAAGAGGGUAUGCAGGCUGUUAUGGCUGCUGAUUUUACGUUAUCUCGCUUUCGCUACUUGGAACCUUUAUUGUUAGCUCAUGGAUACUGGUGUUACGAUCGUUUAUCGCGCAUGAUACUAUAUUUCUUUUACAAAAAUGCCGCCUUCGUGUUCUUAAUAUUUUGGUACCAACUAUACUGCGGCUUUUCGGGCUCUGUUAUGAUGGAUCAAAUGUAUUUGAUGUUGUACAAUUUAAUAUUUACGUCCCUGCCGCCGCUUGCCAUUGGUGUCUACGAUAAACGCGUCCCUGAGGAUUUUUUACUACGAAAUUGUUAUUUAUAUAAACAUGGUCGUUUGGGUCUUGCCUACAAACCACAUGAUUUUUGGAUAGUGCUAUUGGAUUCAUUAUAUCAAAGUUUAGUUGUGUUUUUCAUGGCCUUGUGCGCUUAUGCGGAAAGUGAUGUGGGCAUAUGGGAGUUCGGGGCAACCAUAACAGCAUCCUGUUUGUAUACGAAUUUAGUUCAUGGUGCACUCGAAAUUCGAUCAUGGACUAUAUUACAUGUGCUCUCUAUUGCCUUGAGUCUUGGUUCCUUCUAUGCAUUUUCUAUUAUUUAUAACGCAACGUGCGUAAACUGUUUCGGACUACCUUCUACAUAUUGGGUUAUAUUUCGCUGUUUAGGCUCUCUAGUGCAUUGGCUAGUGAUACUAAUAUCGACAUUGGUGGCUGUCUUGCCUAGACUGGUAUUCACAACAAUUAAAAAUUCACUGUUUCCUGAUGAUAGCGCAACUGUUUUGCUACAAAGAAAAAAAGACCGCAGUAGAGGUGAGGGUUUGUUAGUUGCUUGGUCAAGGUCAACGUCAGCUUCAUCAAUUUAUAGAAUCGCCGAUUAUGGGUCUAAGAAUCAAAUUAUAACGACUAUUGCUUGAUAAACGAUGCCGGAAAGGAUAUUUUAGCAUAUUUAGUGUUAGUCAAUUCUUGGGCAACAAUCAGCUGUAUAAAUAGAAAUUCAUAAAUAUAUAUAUGAAUAUAUAUAUAUAAUGGUAUGUAAGUGUAGUAUUGAAGCGAGAGUGUGUGCUUAUAUACUGUGUGACUGUGAAUUCUUUAAGGCAUAAGUUCAAUAGUAUGUUUUAAGUUCGUUUCUGUUAAAGCCCUAUUAUGAUAAUAGCCUAAGGCUAUGUUAAAAUUAGUACAUCCGUACUUAAAGCUCUUCUUAAUAUACAUGUAAUUAUUUUUAUUUGUUUUCUAGAAAAGUGUGUAAUACAUAUAUAUUUUAGUAUUAAACUCAUUUGUAAAAUAACUGUAAUUAACUGGUGUAAAAUUAACUAGAGUAAUUUAUUUAUUUUAAGGUGAAUACUUUAAAGGGCGUUUCUUAAACCACUGUUAUAAUAUUUAAUAAUGUAUAAAUUUAAUUCAAUUAUUUUUAUCGUAUUCUAUUAGUAAUUUAUUUUAAGUUGCAAUAUUUUCACGACUCUGUAAACUAUGAAACGCUGAGUCGUCAUAUGAAGACAAUCCAUUAUAUUAUUAUCAAUUUCCCCAAAGAAAAAUGUUGUCAUUAGUUUAUUGCUUUUGUUAUCAACAUAUUGACAUUCCGAAAAGUACGCAGCCUAGGCCCUUGCAAAUAUCCACAAAAUUUGUUGACGUAGAAAUUAUUUGUUUAUUAACUUAAAAAUUGAUAUAUAUUUCUAAAUUUUAUGUAAUCUAAUUUCAAGUUUUUUGCUUAACAUUGCCAAAUUCGAAUAUGUUUGCUGUUAAUUUUUUUAAAUUUAACUUUCAAUAAAAAUAUCGGCCUUUAUUGAAAUCAAGCUGUAUUCUAUUGUUCCGAUUUUUUUUACUUUGCCAAAAGCUCGAAAAGGUUUAACAGAAAAUUUAACUCUCAGUUAUAUCAGUUUUCAUAGUUUCGAUUUAAUAUAUUUUUAUAUUCGAUUUAAAUAGUUAAAUUUUUUAUUCUUAUAUGUUUUUCUCCUAACAGACUUUUGUAACACUAAUCGAUAUAGAUAUAAUAUUAUAUACAUACAUACAUAUACAUACGUACAAAAUAUUUUUCGGUGUUUUACCUGUUUGUGGAAGCGUUGACUUUUGAAUACAUUGAGAUAUCUGAAUGAAUUCAGGACACAUUUGCUUCAUCUUCUGGCGUUAAUUGAAAAGCAUAAAGUGCUAUAACUCUGUUACCAAUUAAGCUACAUAACAAAGCUGGAAUUCGGUAUAGAGCAAUAACGUGUCGCAUUUCAUCAUAUGGCGUGAAUGUCAGAUAUCCGAUAAUAUUCACAAAUGCUUAAUGAAAUUGGGUGGGAAUGUUUACUGAUGAUUUCCAUUCUCUGGUUGACUUAACAAUUUCUAACGAAAUAUUAAUAUGUAUGUACGAUGUAUGUCAAAAUAUACAGCAUUUGUCCUAAACACAGUAUUUCAUGCUUAAAAUAUAUUUUAUCAUUAAAUAUCAAGAACUUUUGAUGGAUGGGUUGUAUAAAAUUGUGUCCAACACCAGCUUCUUGUUUUUUUCUGCAUUUACAGGAAUAUGUUAUAAGCAUAUCCAUGAUAUUUUAGAAAAUGAUAUGUUUUCUCAAUAAAUUUUCAAAUAGAACAAAAGAAAAAAAAACAAGGAGAACGCGUUAAACAAAGCUAGCGACGAUUUACAUAUGUACAUCGUUCAUAGGAUUCAAA